AUUGGCUCUGUGUUCCGGCAUUCAUUUGUUUCAGACAGAGUAAAAGUCAAGCUGGUCCAAGGAGACAUCUCCUCCUACGAUGAUGUCCAAGGGGUCCUGAGUGGAAGCCACCUGGUCAUACACACAGCCAGUCUGGUGGACGUCUGGGGACGGGUACCGCCAAGCAAAAUCACUGAAGUCAAUGUGGGAGGAACGGAGAAUGUUCUGAGGGCGUGUCAGGAGGAAGGCAUCCAGUACUUGGUCUACACCAGCAGCAUGGAGGUUGUGGGUCCAAAUAUCCACGGAGAUCCAUUCUUCAGAGGUAACGAGGACACGAAAUACACCGUGUACCAUGACCAGGCCUAUCCACUGAGCAAAUCCAAGGCUGAGAAGAUUGUGCUGGAGGCCAAUGGGAGGAAGAUAAAGGGCGGUAAAACGCUGUACACCUGCUCCCUGCGGCCCACGGGGAUCUACGGUGAGGGCCACAUGCUGAUGAAGGACUUCUAUGAGCAGGGGCUGCGGGCAGGACGCCGGGUGUUCAGAAUCAUCCCUUCCUCCACAGAACACGGGAGAGUCUACGCAGGUAACGUGGCCUGGAUGCACGUCCUCGCUGCCCGCCAGCUGCAGGAGCGCCCCUCCGCCUUGGGCGGCCAGGUCUACUUCUGCUACGACGACUCCCCUUACAAGAGCUACAUGGACUUCAACAUGGAGUUCCUGUCUUCCUGCGACUUCCGGAUGUUGGGUUCCCGCCCGCUGGUCCCUUACUUCCUGCUCUACAUGAUUGCCCUCCUUAACGUCCUCCUGCAGUGGCUCCUGCACCCGUUCUGCAUCUACGCCCCCAUCCUCAACACGUACACGCUGGGCGUGGCUAGCACCACCUUCACCGUGCAGACCGACAAGGCCCAGAGGCACUUUGGCUACCGCCCCCUCUUCACUUGGGAGGAGAGCAAGCAGCGCACCAUCGCCUGGGUGAAGAGCCUGGAGCGGGACAGAAAGGAGGGAUGAGGGCACAUUGU